CAAGCGCGAUUUUCAAAUGUGUCAGCUGCGAGGAGGCGCUGUGGUUCCGGAGGGUCUUUAACGCUUUGCUGUAGGAGCGGUGAUCUCAGCGCACGGGUUAUACAUCCACUGUCUGCCCGGGGAGGGAAAUCGUGACUGCCGACUGGAGGUCACUAUGUCUUCCCAGAAUUCUUUCAUGUCUAGCAAGAAGGACGACAAAGGCAAAAACAUCCAGGUUGUGGUCAGAUGCCGGCCCUUCAAUCAGUUGGAACGCAAGGCGAGCUCUCACUCUGUGUUGGAAUGCGAGUCUCAGAGGAAAGAAGUCUGUGUUCGAACUGGAGGAAUAAAUGACAAACUGGGGAAGAAAACCUAUACGUUUGACAUGGUGUUUGGCCCCGCAGCCAAGCAGAUCGAUGUGUACAGAAGUGUUGUGUGCCCCAUCUUGGAUGAAGUUAUUAUGGGCUAUAACUGUACAAUCUUUGCGUAUGGGCAAACUGGCACAGGAAAGACUUUUACUAUGGAGGGGGAAAGAUCAUCAGAUGAAGAGUUUACCUGGGAGCAGGACCCACUGGCAGGAAUUAUUCCUCGAACACUGCAUCAGAUAUUUGAGAAGCUCUCUGAGAAUGGCACAGAGUUUUCGGUGAAAGUCUCACUCCUGGAAAUCUACAAUGAAGAACUCUUUGAUCUCUUAAGCCCAUCUCCUGAUGUUGGGGAAAGGCUACAAAUGUUUGACGAUCCUCGCAACAAAAGAGGAGUCAUUAUCAAAGGGCUGGAGGAGAUAUCUGUGCAUAACAAAGAUGAGGUGUACCAAAUAUUGGAGAGAGGCGCAGCUAAGCGAAAAACUGCUUCUACUCUGAUGAAUGCAUACUCCAGCCGAUCCCAUUCCGUGUUCUCAGUCACCAUUCACAUGAAAGAAACUACAAUUGAUGGAGAAGAGCUUGUGAAGAUUGGAAAGCUAAACUUGGUGGAUCUGGCGGGAAGUGAAAAUAUUGGCCGUUCUGGGGCCGUGGACAAAAGAGCGCGGGAGGCUGGAAAUAUCAACCAGUCCCUGCUGACCUUGGGCAGGGUAAUCACCGCUCUGGUGGAGAGAGCUCCUCAUAUUCCAUACAGAGAAUCCAAGCUCACAAGGAUCCUGCAAGAUUCUCUUGGAGGGAGGACAAAAACAUCUAUCAUAGCCACUGUGUCUCCUGCCUCCAUCAAUCUGGAGGAAACUAUGAGCACUUUGGAGUAUGCCAGCAGAGCAAAGAAUAUAAUGAAUAAGCCUGAAGUUAACCAGAAACUUACAAAGAAGGCACUCAUCAAGGAGUACACAGAAGAGAUUGAGCGACUCAAGAGGGAACUUGCUACAGCCAGAGAGAAGAACGGAGUCUAUUUAUCCAACGAGAACUAUGAGCAAUUACAGGGAAAAGUUCUGUCUCAAGAGGAGGUGAUUACGGAGUACUCUGAGAAAAUCGCUGCCAUGGAGGAGGAGAUCAAAAGAAUUGGUGAGCUUUUUGCGGAAAAUAAAAAGGAGCUGGAGGAGUGCACGACUAUCCUUCAGUGUAAGGAGAAGGAGCUGGAGGCAACACAGAAUAACCUGCAAGAAUCAAAGGAACAGUUGGCUCAGGAAGCAUUUGUGGUGUCCGCCAUGGAGACCACCGAAAAGAAGCUACAUGGCACUGCAAACAAGUUAUUGAGCACAGUGAGAGAGACGACAAGAGAUGUGUCUGGUCUCCAUGAGAAACUGGACAGAAAAAGGGCCGUGGAACAACACAACUCUCAGGUUCAUGAGAACUUUGCCGAACAAAUAAAUAGACGCUUCAGUGUGAUUCAGCAAACUGUAGAUGAGUACAGCGUGAAGCAGCAAGGGAUGCUGGAUUUCUAUACAAACUCCAUCGACGACCUACUUGGCGCCAGUUCCUCUGCUCUGAGUGCAACUGCCACCGCCGUUGCCAAGUCCUUUGCCUCCGUGCAGGAAACCGUAUCAAAGCAAGUGUCGCACAGUGUGGAGGAGAUCCUGAGACAAGAAACGCUGUCUUCCCAAGCUAAAGAUGAUCUGCAGAAGCUUAUGAUUGCACAACGCACAGGACUGGAGCAAGCACUUAGGACGGAUUUGCUUCCAGUUGUGACUGCCGUUUUGGACCUAAAUUCUCAUUUGAGUCAUUGCUUGCAGAGCUUCCUCGGUGUGGCCGACAAGAUUGAUUCUCAUAAAGAAGAUAUGAAUUCGUUCUUCACCGAACAUUCUAGGUCGUUGCACAAACUCCGCCUGGAUUCUAGUUCUGCCUUGUCCAGUAUUCAGUCAGAAUAUGAAAGCUUAAAAGAGGAGAUUGCGACGGCUCAGUCCACGCAUUCAGAGGGGGUGAAUAAUCUCAUCAGUUCACUGCAGAACCAACUGAACUUGCUUGCCAUGGAGACUCGGCAACAGUUUUCUGGAUUUCUGUCCAAAGGAGGGAAGCUGCAGGAGUCUGUGGGGUGUCUGCAACAAGAUCUGGAUUUGGUUUCUUCGGAUGCCAUAGAAUGCAUCUCCUCCCAUCACAGUAAAUUCACUGAGCAGUCUCAGGCGGUGGCAGUGGAGAUCAGACAGCUGGCAGGCUCUAAUAUGAGCACCUUGGAGGAGUCCAGCAAACAGUGUGAGAAGCUCACCAACAGUAUCAAUACCAUCUGUCAGGAAAGCCAGCACUGGUGUGAAAGUGCCAGCCAGAAGAUGGACUCUCUCUUAGAGGAGCAAGUGUGUUACCUGCAUUCUAGCAAAAAGCAAAUCCAGACCUUGCACAAGGAUGUAGAAGACGGCUGUGGAUCAUCAGUGGUAGAAAUAAGCGACCGCGUGAACGUGCAGCGCCAGGCUCAGGAGAAGGCACUAACCAGCUUGGUGGAACAAGUCAAGGAUGACAAGGAGAUGCUUGGAGAACAGCGAUUGGAACUCAACGAACAAGUACAGAUCAGCCUGAACAAAGUACAUGUAUACCUCAAGGAGGAGCUCCGGAAUGAUGUCCCAACAGGUACAACGCCCCAGAGAAGGGAUUACGUGUACCCAUCAUUGCUCAUAAGAACAAAACCCAGGGAUGUGUUGCUGGAGCAGUUUAAGCAACAGCAGCAAGAAUAUCUGGAAUCUAUUUGCAGCGUGAUCUCUGAAGCUGUGGAACCUCCUGUCGAGCAGGAUUCUCUAGAAGAUGAGCCACCAGUUGCAGUUAAUGACAGUGUCAUCAGUGAGAAAUCCUGCAUAGAUCUCAGUAUGACUUGUCAGGAGAAAGGAGGCGUUCCAUUCUUCCAGCAAAAGAAAGCACUUCGGAAGGAAAAAGAAAACAGGGCAAAUGCAACACUUUUGGAGAGAUCUAAAAUCAUGGACGAGGUGGAACAAUCCCUUCCGAAAUCUAAACUUCCACUGCGAAUGCAGAACUGAAGCACUUGCUCAGCCUCUCUUUUUAACCCUAUGAGUGAAUGUACAACUUUCUUUCUGUCCUGAACUUUUAUACAUUUUUUUUUAACUGUCAUGUGUAUGUAUCCAUGUCGGGUGUUGCGUAUGCGGAACUUUUACAUAUCUUGUAUAAAUAUAUAUAUAUGUGUGUGUGUGUCUAUUGUCCUUGUAUGUCAGAUAUUAAAAAUACUUUCUAAAGUGGAACUUCUGAGGCUUAUAAGUUAGAUUUAUGAAAACAUGUAUUUGUUAAUUUUAUUGAUGAAUAAAUAUUACUUUUAUUCUGUUUUAUGAUUCAAAAA